AUGGGGGGUGGGAAUGGGAACGAAGAGGUGGUGAAUAUGGUGCCCACUCCCACACUGAUGUGUCCCUCGUCUGUGCCGAUGGCUGUGAUUGUCAUGGGCCCCUCAGGCACGGGGAAGAGUACUAUUGGUUCCCUUCUCGCACACGAGAUGGGCUGGCACUUCGCAGACGGCGACGACUAUCACUCUGCUGACAAGGUGCGAAAGAUGGCGGCAGGCGUGCCGCUGACGGAUGAGGACCGCCUGCCUUGGCUGAGGCGUCUGCGUACUGAAGUCAUCGAAGGCAUCACAGUGGAAACGGGCAGCAGUGUCGUGCUUGCGUGUUCCGCGCUGCGAAGGGUGUACAGAGACUUGCUGCGCGCAGACAACUCAGAGAAGAGUGCACGCGUGAUUGUUUUUUUUGUCGAGCUUGUCGGUGACCUCAGGCUCGUGGCUCGGCGCGUUCAGGGCCGCCAGCACGCGUACAUGCCGGCUAGUCUACUCCUUUCUCAGUACGCCACGCUUGAGCCGCUGCAGCUGGAGAAGGGCGAGCUUGGGAUGCGAGUCUCCGUGGAGCUGGGGCCGGCGGAGAUUGUGAGGCGUGUGGCAUCGGGACUGCGGCAGAGGCGGUGGCUGCACCUUUAG